CCACCAGCCACGCGCCCGCCCGGGGGCUGCCACACUGACGAGUUCCAGUGCCGGCUGGACGGGCUGUGCAUCCCCAUGCGCUGGCGCUGCGACGGCGACACAGACUGCAUGGACUCCAGUGACGAGAAGAACUGCGAGGGGGUCACCCAUGUCUGCGACCCCAACGUCAAGUUUGGCUGCAAGGACUCAGCCCGAUGCAUCAGCAAGGCCUGGGUCUGCGAUGGGGACAGUGACUGCGAGGACAACUCGGACGAGGAGAACUGCGAGUCACUGGUGUGCAAACCUCCUUCCCACACCUGCGCCAACAACACCUCCAUCUGCCUCCCCCCCGAGAAGCUCUGCGAUGGCUCCGACGACUGCGGGGAUGGCUCCGACGAGGGCGAGCUCUGCGGUGAGUGCGGACCCUCCCACAACAAGGGCUCCUCCAGCCACAACUGCACUGUGGCUCCCGGCGAGGGCAUUGUUUGCUCCUGUCCCCUGGGCAUGGAGCUGGGCUCCGACAACAAGACCUGCCAGAUCCAGAGCUACUGUGCCAAGCACCUCAAGUGCAGCCAGAAGUGCGAGCAGGACAAGUACAAUGUCAAGUGCUCCUGCUACGAGGGCUGGAUGCUGGAGCCUGACGGCGAGAGCUGCCGCAGCCUGGACCCCUUCAAACCGUUCAUCAUCUUCUCCAACCGCCAUGAGAUCCGCCGCAUUGACCUGCACCGGGGGGACUACAGCGUCCUGGUCCCUGGGCUGCGCAACACCAUCGCCUUGGACUUCCACCUCAACCAGAGCUCGCUGUACUGGACCGAUGUGGUGGAGGACAAAAUCUACAGGGGGAAGCUACUUGAGAACGGAGCUCUGACCAGCUUCGAGGUGGUGAUACAGUAUGGGCUGGCCACCCCAGAGGGGCUGGCCGUGGACUGGAUCGCUGGCAACAUCUACUGGGUGGAGAGCAACCUGGACCAGAUCGAGGUGGCCAAGCUGGACGGCACCAUGCGAACCACACUGCUGGCUGGAGACAUCGAACAUCCUCGUGCCAUUGCCCUGGACCCCCGCUAUGGGAUCCUCUUCUGGACAGACUGGGACGCCAGCCUACCCCGCAUCGAGGCCGCCUCCAUGAGUGGCGCGGGCCGGCGCACCAUCCACAAGGAGACAGGCUCCGGGGGGGGGGCCAACUACCUGGAGAAGCGCAUCCUCUGGAUCGACGCCAGGUCAGAUGCCAUCUACUCAGCACUGUAUGAUGGGACGGGGCACAUUGAGGUGCUGCGGGGACACGAGUACCUUUCACAUCCCUUUGCCGUCACCCUGUACGGGGGUGAGGUCUACUGGACCGACUGGCGCACCAACACGCUGGCCAAGGCCAACAAGUGGACAGGGCACAACGUGACCGUGGUGCAGAGGACCAACACACAGCCUUUCGACCUGCAGGUGUAUCACCCCUCCCGGCAGCCCCUGGCUCCUAAUCCCUGUGAAGCCAACGGGGGCAAAGGGCCAUGUUCCCACCUCUGCCUCAUCAACUACAACCGCACUUUGUCGUGUGCAUGCCCCCACCUCAUGAAGCUGGACAAGGACAACACAACCUGCUAUGAGUUUAAGAAGUUCCUGCUGUAUGCGCGGCAGAUGGAGAUCCGGGGCGUGGACAUCGACAACCCCUACUACAACUACAUCAUCUCCUUCACGGUGCCCGACAUUGACAACGUCACGGUGGUGGACUACGACGCCCUGGAGCAGCGCAUUUACUGGUCUGAUGUUCGCACCCAGACAAUCAAGAGAGCCUUUAUCAACGGCACCGGCGUGGAGACAGUCGUCUCUGCGGACCUGCCCAACGCUCACGGCCUCUCUGUGGACUGGGUUUCCAGAAACCUCUUCUGGACCAGCUACGAUGCCAACAAGAAGCAGAUCAACGUGGCCCGGCUGGACGGCUCCUUCAAGAACGCGGUGAUCCAGGGGCUGGACAAGCCUCACUGCCUGGUAGUUCACCCCCUCCGGGGGAAGCUGUAUUGGACAGACGGGGAUAACAUCAGCAUGGCCAACAUGGACGGCAGCAACCGCACUCUCCUCUUCACCAACCAGAAAGGGCCUGUGGGCCUGGCCAUUGACUACCCAGAGAGCAAGCUGUACUGGAUCAGCUCUGGCAAUGGCACCAUCAACAGAUGCAACCUGGACGGCAGCAACCUGGAGGUGAUUGAAUCCGUGAAGAGUCAGCUGAGCAAGGCGACUGCCCUGGCCAUCAUGGGCAACAAGCUGUGGUGGGCUGACCAGGCCUCGGAGAGGAUGGGCACCUGCAACAAGAAGGAUGGGUCAGAGGUGACAGUGCUGCGCAACAGCACCACGCUGGUGAUGCACAUGAAGGUGUACGACGAGAGCAUCCAGCAAGGUGAGCGCACAGUCCUGGGGUGGAGACCCUGCAGGGCNAAUAACGGCGACUGCUCGCAGCUCUGUCUCCCCACUUCUGAGACCUCCCGGUCCUGCAUGUGCACCGCAGGCUACAGCCUGAAGAGCGGGCAGCAGUCCUGCGAAGGUGUCGGCUCCUUCCUCCUGUAUUCAGUCCAUGAGGGAAAAAGCAUUCCUCUGGACCCCAACGACAAGUCAGAUGCUCUCGUGCCUGUGUCAGGGACCUCCCUGGCUGUGGGGAUCGACUUCCAUGCAGAGAAUGACACAAUUUACUGGGUGGAUAUGGGUCUGAGCACCAUUAGCCGGGCCAAGCGGGACCAGACGUGGCGGGAGGACGUGGUCACCAACGGCAUUGGCCGUGUGGAGGGCAUCGCCGUGGACUGGAUCGCCGGAAACAUCUACUGGACAGACCAGGGCUUCGAUGUCAUCGAGGUGGCCAGGCUGAACGGGUCCUUCCGCUACGUCGUCAUCUCGCAGGGACUGGACAAGCCGCGGGCCAUCACGGUCCAUCCAGAGAAGGGGUACCUGUUCUGGACGGAGUGGGGGCAGUACCCCCGCAUCGAACGGUCACGCCUGGACGGGACCGAGCGGAUGGUGCUGGUGAACGUCAGUAUCAGUUGGCCCAAUGGGAUAUCUGUCGACUACGAGGACGGGAAGCUUUACUGGUGCGAUGCCCGGACAGACAAGAUUGAACGAAUCGACCUGGAGACGGGCGAAAACCGAGAGGUCGUCCUGUCCAGCAACAACAUGGACAUGUUCUCGGUGUCGGUGUUCGAGGAGUACAUCUACUGGAGCGAUAGGACUCAUGCGAAUGGCUCCAUCAAAAGGGGCAACAAGGACAACGCCACCGAGUCAGUGUCCCUGCGGACAGGGAUCGGCGUGCAGCUCAAGGACAUCAAAGUCUUCAACCGGGCCAGGCAGAAGGGCACCAACAUCUGUGCCCAGAGCAACGGGGGAUGCCAGCAGCUCUGCCUGUUCCGGGGCGGUGGGCAGAGGACGUGUGCCUGCGCCCACGGCAUGCUGUCCGAGGACGGGGUGAGCUGCCGGGACUACGACGGCUACCUGCUGUAUUCGGAGCGCACCAUCCUCAAGAGCAUCCACCUGUCGGACGAGAACAACCUCAACGCGCCCAUCAAGCCCUUCGAGGACGCAGAGCACAUGAAGAACGUCAUUGCUCUGGCCUUCGACUACCGCUACGGCUCCAAGGGCAGCAACCGUAUAUUCUACAGCGACAUCCACUUCGGCAACAUCCAACAGAUCAACGACGACGGCACAGGGCGCAAGACCAUCGUGGAGAACGUGGGCUCAGUGGAGGGGCUGGCAUACCACCGCGGCUGGGACACGCUGUACUGGACAAGCUACACCACCUCCACCAUCACCCGCCACACCGUGGACCAGAGCCGCCUGGGGGCUUUCGAGAGGGAGACAGUGAUCACCAUGUCAGGGGACGAUCACCCCCGGGCCUUCGUGCUGGACGAGUGCCAGAACUUGAUGUUCUGGACCAACUGGAACGAGCAGCACCCCAGCAUCAUGCGUGCCACCCUCUCUGGUGCCAACGUCCUCAUCAUCAUUGAUCAGGACAUACGGACACCCAACGGGCUGGCCAUCGACCACAAGGCCGAGAAGAUCUACUUCUCUGAUGCCACACUGGACAAAAUCGAGCGCUGUGAAUACGAUGGCUCCCACCGCCAUGUGAUCCUGAAAUCAGAGCCCGUGCACCCCUUUGGCCUGGCUGUCUACGGCGAUUACAUCUUCUGGACGGACUGGGUGCGCAGGGCUGUGCAACGAGCCAACAAGUACGUGGGCACUGACAUGAAGCUCCUGCGUGUUGACAUCCCCCAGCAGCCCAUGGGCAUCAUUGCCGUGGCCAACGACACCGACAGCUGUGAGCUGUCCCUGUGCAGGGUGAACAACGGCGGCUGCCAGGAUCUCUGCCUGCUCACGCCCAAAGGACACGUCAACUGCUCCUGCCGUGGCGAGCGUGUCCUGCAGGAGGAUUUCACCUGCAAAGCCUUGAAUUCCACCUGCAACAUGCACGACGAGUUCGAGUGUGGGAACGGCGACUGCAUUGACUUCAGCCGGACCUGCGACAGUGUGGUCCACUGCAAGGACAAGUCAGAUGAGAAGCAGUCCUACUGCAGCAACCGCAAGUGCAAGAAGGGUUACCUGCACUGCAUGAAUGGGCGCUGCGUCGCCAGCCGCUACUGGUGCAAUGGCGUGGAUGACUGCGGGGACAACUCGGACGAAGUGCCGUGCAACAGAGGGACACAAGGCGAUGGCGAGGAGCGGUGUCGCUAUGGGAGCUGCAUUGGGAAUUCAAGCCGCUGUAACCAGUUCAUCGAUUGCGAGGAUGCUUCGGAUGAAAUGAACUGCACCGCCACCGACUGCAGCAGCUAUUUCAAGCUGGGGGUGAAGGGUACCACGUUCCAGAAGUGCGAACAUACUUCUCUGUGCUACGCUCCGAGCUGGGUGUGCGAUGGGGCAAAUGACUGCGGAGACUACUCGGACGAGCGCAACUGCCCGGGCGGGAGGAAACCCAAGUGUCCAGCCAAUUACUUCGCCUGCCCAAGCGGGAGAUGCAUCCCCAUGACCUGGACCUGUGACAAAGAGGAUGACUGCGAGAACGGAGAAGACGAGACUCACUGCAACAAGUUCUGCUACCCCGUGCAGUUUGAGUGCAACAACCACCGCUGCAUCUCCAAGCUCUGGGUGUGUGACGGGGCAGAUGCCUGCGGGGACGGCUCUGAUGAGGACAGCCGCUGCCGGCUGACCACCUGCAGCGCGGGAUCCUUCCAGUGCCCGGGCACCUACGUGUGCGUGCCGGAGCGCUGGCUCUGUGAUGGAGACAAGGACUGUGCAGAUGGAGCUGACGAGACCCUCGCUGCCGGCUGCUUGUACAACAACACCUGCGACGAGCGGGAGUUCAUGUGCGGAAACCGCCAGUGCAUUCCCAAGCACUUCGUCUGCGACCAUGAUGACGACUGUGGCGAUGGCUCAGAUGAGUCCCCAGAGUGUGAGUCCCCCCCCUGCGGCCCUCACGAGUUCCGCUGUGCCAACGGCCGCUGCCUCAGCAACCGGCAGUGGGAGUGCGAUGGCGAGUUCGACUGCCCCGACCACUCGGAUGAGGCACCCAAGAACCCGCGCUGCACCAGCCCAGAGGGCAAGUGCAACGACUCGUUCUUCCUCUGCAAGAAUGGCAAGUGCAUCCCGGAGGCGUUGCUUUGCGACAACAACGACGACUGCACGGACGGCUCGGAUGAGCUCAACUGCUUCAUCAACGAGUGUCUCAACAAGAAGCUGAGCGGCUGUUCCCAGGAGUGCGAGGACCUCAAGAUUGGAUACAAGUGUAGAUGCCGUCCUGGGUUCCGGCUGAAGGACGACGGGAAGACGUGCAUUGACAUCGAUGAGUGCUCCACCACCUACCCCUGCAGCCAGAAGUGCAUCAACACUCUGGGGAGCUACAAGUGCCUGUGCACAGAGGGCUACAAGCUCAAACCUGACAACCCCACCAGCUGUAAAGCUGUCACAGAUGAAGAGCCCUUCCUCAUCUUUGCCAACCGGUACUACCUGAGGAAGCUCAACUUGGAUGGCUCCAACUACACACUGCUCAAGCAGGGGCUGAACAACGCAGUGGCUCUGGAUUUCGACUAUCGGGAGCAGAUGAUCUACUGGACAGAUGUCACCACGCAGGGCAGCAUGAUCCGCCGCAUGCACAUCAACGGGAGCAACGUUCAGGUUCUUCACCGCACUGGCCUCAGCAACCCCGACGGGCUGGCUGUGGACUGGGUGGGAGGCAACCUGUACUGGUGCGACAAAGGUCGGGACACCAUCGAAGUGUCGAAGCUCAACGGCGCCUACCGCACUGUGCUGGUGAACUCAGGCCUGCGUGAGCCCCGGGCGCUGGUGGUGGAUGUGCAGAAUGGGUACCUAUACUGGACGGACUGGGGGGACCACUCCCUCAUCGGGAAGAUUGGCAUGGAUGGCACCAACCGCAGCGUCAUUGUUGACACCAAGAUAACUUGGCCCAAUGGCCUCACCCUCGACUACAUCAACAGCCGGAUCUAUUGGGCCGAUGCGCGGGAGGACUACAUCGAGUUUGCCAGCCUGGACGGCUCCAACCGGCACACAGUGCUGAGCCAGGACAUCCCGCACAUCUUCGCGCUCACCCUCUUUGAGGAUUUCAUUUACUGGACCGACUGGGAGACCAAGUCUAUCAACCGGGCCCACAAGACUACAGGAGCCAACAAGACCCUGCUGAUCAGCACGCUGCACCGCCCCAUGGACAUCCACAUCUACCACCCCUACCGCCAGCCUGAUGUUCCCAACCACCCCUGCAAGACCAACAACGCCGGCUGCAGCAACCUCUGCCUCCUGUCGCCCGGCGGGGGGCAUAAGUGUGCUUGUCCCACCAACUUCUACUUGGGCAGCGAUGGUAAAACCUGCGUCUCCAACUGCACAGCCAGCCAGUUUGUCUGCAAGAAUGACAAGUGCAUCCCUUUCUGGUGGAAAUGCGACACAGAGGACGACUGUGGGGACCGAUCCGACGAGCCGGAGGACUGCCCUGAGUUCAAAUGCAGGCCGGGGCAGUUCCAGUGCUCCACUGGGAUCUGCACCAACCCAGCCUUCAUCUGUGAUGGAGACAACGACUGCCAGGACAACUCGGAUGAAGCCAACUGUGAUAUCCACGUCUGUCUGCCCAGCCAGUUCAAAUGCACCAACACCAACCGCUGCAUCCCCGGCAUUUUCCGCUGCAAUGGUCAGGACAACUGUGGUGAUGGCGAGGAUGAGAAGGACUGCCCGGAGGUGACUUGUGCCCCCAACCAGUUCCAGUGCGCAAUCACCAAGCGCUGCAUCCCCCGUGUCUGGGUGUGCGACCGGGACAACGACUGUGUGGAUGGCUCAGAUGAACCUGCCAACUGCACACAAAUGACGUGUGGCGUGGACGAGUUCCGGUGCAAGGACUCGGGCAGGUGCAUCCCAGCACGCUGGAAGUGUGACGGGGAGGACGACUGCGGGGACGGGUCCGACGAGCCCAAGGAGGAAUGCGAUGAACGUACCUGCGAGCCCUACCAGUUCCGCUGCAAGAACAACCGCUGUGUGCCGGGCCGGUGGCAGUGCGACUAUGACAACGACUGCGGGGACAACUCGGAUGAGGAGAGCUGCACGCCCCGGCCCUGCUCGGAGAGCGAGUUCUCGUGUGCCAACGGCCGCUGCAUCGCCGGCAGGUGGAAGUGCGAUGGGGACCAUGACUGUGCAGAUGGCUCUGACGAGAAAGACUGCACACCGCGCUGCGAGUUCGACCAGUUCCAGUGCAAGAACGGGCACUGCAUCCCCAUGCGCUGGCGCUGCGAUGCUGAUGCGGAUUGCAUGGAUGGCACCGACGAGGAGAACUGCGGCACUGGGGUUCGCACGUGUCCCCUGGACGAGUUCCAGUGCAACAACACGCUGUGCAAGCCCCUGGCCUGGAAGUGCGAUGGGGAGGAUGACUGCGGGGAUAACUCUGAUGAAAACCCCGAGGAGUGCUUGAAAUUCCAGUGUCCCCCCAACAGACCGUUCCGCUGCAAGAACGACCGGGUAUGUCUGUGGAUCGGUCGACAGUGUGACGGCAUUGACAACUGUGGAGACAACACGGAUGAGAAGGACUGCGAGUCACCCACGACCAAGCCCAAAAGCUGCAGCCAGGACAAGAACGAGUUCUUGUGCGAGAACAAGAAGUGCAUCAGCACCAACCUCCGCUGCAACUUCUUUGACGACUGUGGAGAUGGCUCCGAUGAGGAGUCCUGCUCCCAUGAGCACAAGUCGUACGACUGCAUGACCAACACCACCAUGUGUGGAGAUGAGGCCCAGUGCAUUCAGUCGCAGUCCACCACAUACUGCACGUGCCGCAGAGGCUUCCAGAAGGUGCCAGAGAAGAAUUCCUGCCAAGACGUCAACGAGUGCCUGCACUUUGGGACCUGCUCCCAGCUCUGCAACAACACCAAGGGCUCCCACGUCUGCAGCUGCGCCAAGAACUUCAUGAAGACAGACAACAUGUGCAAGGCAGAAGGCUCCGAGCACCAAAUCCUCUACAUUGCGGAUGACAACAAGAUCCGGAGCAUGUACCCCUUCAACCCCAACUCUGCCUACGAGCCGGCCUUCCAGGGCGACGAGAACGUGCGCAUCGACGCCAUGGACAUCUAUGUCAAGGGCAACAAGAUCUACUGGACCAACUGGCACACAGGCAGGAUCUCAUACCGGGAGCUGCCUGCCUCUUCCACUGCCUCCACCGCCUCCAACCGCAACCGGCGCCCGCUGCACCUGAAUAUCUCGGGGCUGAAGAUGCCACGGGGAAUUGCCAUCGACUGGGUGGCUGGGAACAUCUACUGGACAGACUCAGGGCGGGAUGUCAUUGAGGUGGCACAGAUGAAAGGCGAGAAUCGCAAGACGCUGAUCUCGGGCAUGAUUGAUGAGCCCCAUGCCAUUGUGGUCGACCCGCUUAGGGGGACUAUGUACUGGUCAGACUGGGGCAAUCACCCCAAGAUUGAGACAGCCGCUAUGGACGGGACACUGCGCGAGACCCUGGUGCAGGACAACAUCCAGUGGCCAACAGGCCUGGCUGCGGACUACCACAACGAGCGGCUGUACUGGGCCAAAGGCAGCAUCCGGCUCAACGGCACCGACCCCGUUGUGGCCAUCGACAACAAGAAGGGGCUGAGCCAUCCUUUCAGCAUCGACAUCUUCGAGGACUACAUCUACGGUGUCACCUACAUCAACAACCGCAUCUUCAAGAUCCACAAGUUCGGGCACAAGGCUGUCACCAACCUGACGUCUGGCCUCAACCAUGCCACUGACGUCGUGCUCUACCACCAAUACAAGCAACCGGAGGUGACCAACCCUUGUGACCGCAAGAAGUGCGAGUGGCUCUGCCUGCUCAGCCCUAGCGGCCCCGUCUGCACCUGCCCCAACGGCAAGCGCCUGGACAAUGGCACCUGUGUGGUCAUUCCCUCGCCCACCAUCUCCCCCGUCGUGCCCACCACUGACACCUGCGCCCUUGUCUGCCUGAAUGGCGGCAGCUGCUUCCUCAACGCCCGCAAGCAGGCCAAGUGCCGCUGCCAGCCGCGCUACAAUGGCGAGAAGUGCCAGAUUGACCAGUGCUGGGACUACUGCCAGAAUGGGGGCACAUGUGCCGCCUCCCCCUCAGGCAUGCCGACUUGCCGCUGCCCCACCGGCUUCACUGGGCCCCGGUGCAACCAGCAAGUGUGCACCGACUACUGCCUGAACAACGGCAGCUGCACCGUCAACCAGGGCAACCAGCCCAAUUGCCGCUGCCUGCCCACCUUCAUCGGGGACCGCUGCCAGUACCGGCAGUGCUUUGACUACUGUGAGAACGAGGGUGUUUGCCAGAUGACAGCCAGUGGUGCCAAGCAGUGCCGCUGCCCUCCACAGUUCGAGGGCACCCAGUGCCAGGACAACAAAUGCUCCCGGUGCCAGGAGGGCAAGUGCAACAUCAACAAGCAGAGUGGAGAAGUCUCCUGCAUCUGCCCGGAUGGCAAGAUAGCACCGAGCUGCCUGACCUGUGACAAUUACUGCCUGCAUGGCGGUACCUGCUCCAUCAGCGACAAGACGCAGCUGCCUGAGUGCCUGUGCCCAUCAGGGAUGACAGGGACGCGCUGCGAGGACUUCAUCGUCAGCGAGCAGCAGAGCAGCCGAACGGCCUCCAUCGUCAUCCCCAUCCUGCUGCUGCUCAUCCUCCUCACCGUGGUGGCUUUUGUCUGGUACAAAUGGAGGAUUAAAGGAGCCAAGGGCUUCCAGCACCAGCGGAUGACGAAUGGUGCCAUGAACGUGGAGAUCGGGAACCCCACCUACAAAAUGUACGAGGGGGAGCCCGACGACGACGUGGGGGAGCUGCUGGAUGCUGACUUUGCCCUGGACCCUGACAAG